UCGACACUCCAAUCAAUAAUGGGCUAGGCAGUGUUGAGCGACUACUUAGUAGGCAAUCUUACUAUAUAGCUUUCUCCUUCCCUCAAACCCCCACCGACCGCACCCCGCCAUCCGACCUCGAUAGACCUCAACAACACACCGCUGCCAUGGCCAACGCUCUCGACCACCUCAAUGCUGGCAGGACCAGAAUCGAAUGGCUCUCGCAGCUGAACACUGAAUACCACCCUGCUAAGGAAUACCGAAGGACCUCCAUUAUCGGCACCAUUGGUCCCAAGACAAACUCCGCAGAGAAGAUCAACGCCCUCCGCAAAUCCGGCCUCAAUGUCGUGCGCAUGAACUUUUCUCACGGUUCCUACGAGUACCACCAGUCCGUUAUCGACAAUGCCCGUGAGGCCGAAGCCACCCAGGCCGGCAGGCCGCUCGCCAUUGCUCUUGACACCAAGGGCCCUGAGAUCCGCACCGGUAACACGGUUGACGACGCAGAUAUUCCCAUCAGUGCUGGCGAUAUCCUGAACAUCACCACCGACGAGGCCUAUGCCACCAAGAGCGACAACAAGAACAUGUACGUCGACUACGCAAACAUCACCAAGGUGAUUCAGCCCGGCCGGACCAUCUACGUCGACGACGGUGUUUUGUCCUUUGAGGUUUUGGAGGUUACCGACAGCAAGACCCUCAAGUGCAAGUGCGUCAACAACGGCAAGAUUUCCUCCAAGAAGGGUGUCAACCUGCCCAAGACCGACGUCGACCUCCCCCCUCUGUCUGAAAAGGACAAGAACGACCUCCGAUUUGGUGUCAAGAACAAGGUCGACAUGAUCUUUGCUUCCUUCAUUCGCCAAGGCAGCGAUAUUACCGCCAUCCGUGAGGUCCUAGGUGAGGAGGGCAAGGACAUUCAGAUCAUUGCCAAGAUCGAGAACCAGCAGGGUGUGAACAACUUUGAUGACAUUCUCAAGGAGACAGACGGUGUCAUGGUUGCCCGUGGUGACUUGGGUAUCGAGAUUCCCCCAAGCCAGGUCUUCAUCGCCCAGAAGAUGAUGAUCACCAAGUGCAACAUUGCCGGCAAGCCUGCCAUCUGUGCUACGCAGAUGCUGGAGUCUAUGACCUACAACCCCCGCCCGACUCGUGCUGAAGUCAGCGACGUCGGAAACGCUGUUCUUGACGGCGCUGACUGCGUCAUGUUGUCUGGAGAAACUGCCAAGGGUAACUAUCCCACCGAGGCUGUUACCAUGAUGCACGAGACUUGCCUGCUUGCUGAGGUUGCCAUUCCCUAUGUGAACGCUUUCGACGAGCUGAGGAAGUUGGCUCCUGUGCCGUGCCCAACCACCGAGACUUGCGCCAUGGCAGCCGUCAGCGCAUCCCUCGAACAAAAUGCCGGUGCCAUCCUGGUCUUGACCACUAGCGGUACCACUGCCCGCCUUGUGUCCAAGUACCGUCCAGUAUGCCCCAUCAUCAUGGUGUCCCGUAACGCCAUGGCUUCAAGGUAUUCUCACCUGUACCGCGGUGUUUACCCAUUCUAUUUCCCCGAGGCCAAGCCCGACUUCAACAAUGCGCCAUGGCAAGAGGACGUCGACCGCCGUCUGAAGUGGGGUAUCAUGAACGCUAUCAAGCUGGGUGUGCUCAGCAAGGGCGACACCGUUGUCUGCGUGCAAGGCUGGAGGGGUGGCAUGGGUCACACCAACACCCUUCGUAUCGUACCGGCAACGGAGGACCUUGGACUGGAGCAGGGUGCUUGA